UUUUCUCUAGCGAACAGAAUCAUCCCGGUAGUGUGGCCUAAUUUUGUCGAUUUAUUCGGUAAAACUAGGCAUAUUGUCGGAGUGGCAGUGUGUUUAUCAUGAGUGAAACUACUAUAAGUUGUACUCCGGAGAUCGCGACGUUUGAGGCGCCGCAGCUCCAGCAAAACGAGCACGGAUGGGGGCCUUGCGAACUGCCUGAGGCGUUCAAGGAUAUUCCUUAUCAGCCGUUUAGCAAGAGCGAUCGCCUUGGAAAGAUCAGCGACUGGACGGGCACGGCCCAGACGGAUAAGAAGUUUUCGAAUAAGUACGCUUCGCAGUUCGGCGGUGGAAGUCAGUACGCGUACUUUCACGAAGAAGAUGAGACGACAUUCCAUCUCGUCGAUAGUGCGAGGAUUCAAAAACCGCCGCACCAGCGAGGCCGUUUCCGAGGCAAUAUGCGAAAUAAUCGAUCUGGCCGUGGUCGCGGAGCUCGCGGAGGUGUCCAGGUUGGUGGCAUGACGACUCUCUCGAAGAGUGCCUCGAAAUUGCGUGACCAACGCCGCGGAACGACUCGUAAGUGGGGAAUGCGCGGUCCGCCACCGAAGAUUCGCGAUGCGUCGGUUACGGUUCGACCGGAUUGGGUUACCAUCGAGGAGAUGGAUUUCCCCCGGUUGGCGAAACUCUCGCUUCCGAAUGUGAAAGAGGGCGAGGACAUCAUGACCUGCGGUACGCUCGAGUAUUACGACAAAACGUACGAUCGCGUGAACGUCAAGAGCGAACGGCCGCUUCAGAGCGUUGAUCGUAUCUUCCAUACCGUCACUACGACGGACGAUCCGAUCAUUCGGCAGCUUUCGAAGACGGACGGAAACGUGUACGCCACGGACGCUAUCCUGGCUACGAUCAUGUGCUGCACGCGCUCCAACUACUCGUGGGAUAUUGUGAUCGACAAGAUCGGUGGAAAACUUUUCAUGGACAAGCGCGACAACACCGAGUUUGAUUUGUUGACCGUGAAUGAGACUGCGAGCGAACCGCCGCAAGAAGAUGGCAACUCGUUGAACUCCCCGAGAAACCUAGCCAUUGAGGCGACGUUUAUCAAUCACAACUUCAGCCAGCAAGUGUUGAAGAGCGGCGAAAAGGAACCGAAAUACAAGUUCGACCAACCGAAUCCGUUCAUCGACGAUUCUGAGGAUGGUGAGGUGGCUAGCGUGGCCUAUCGCUACCGUAAGUGGGAUCUGAAUAAUGGCAUCACGCUGGUGGCUCGUUGCGAACACGACGGUGUGCUGAAGGUGCCCCAAGGCGACACCCAGUUCUUGACGAUCAAGGCACUGAACGAAUGGGAUUCAAAGAUUGCGAAUGCUGUCGAAUGGCGUCAGAAGCUGGACACCCAGCGGGGUGCCAUCUUGGCUAACGAGCUGCGCAACAACUCUUGCAAACUCGCCAAGUGGACCAUUCAGGCCCUACUGGCCGGUUCUGACCAGCUCAAGUUCGGAUAUGUGUCCCGUGCACACGUGCGCGACUCCUCCAAGCACGUCAUCCUCGGCACGCAGCAGUUCAAACCGCAGGAGUUCGCCAACCAAAUUAACUUGAGCAUGGACAACGCUUGGGGCAUCCUGCGGUGCAUCAUCGACAUCUGCAUGAAGCAGAAGGACGGCAAGUAUCUCAUCAUGAAGGAUCCGAACAAGCCGAUGGUCCGCCUCUACGAUAUCCCAGAUAACACGUUCGAGUCGGAUGGUGACGGUGAUGAGGGCGACGAUGGUGAAGCUUUCCAGCCGAUGUACGGCUAUGCGGCCUCGGCCACGAGUGCACCUGCAGCACAAUCCAGCGCUAACGCUACCGAAGCGGACAAUAGUGAAAAGGCAAGCGCUUAACAGCAGAGGGAAGGUUCAUCAUCAACAAUCGAUCCGUAGAAGUGUGAGCGAGGGUGAUAUACUUUCAUUACUAGCAGCAACAGCACAUUUGCGUCGACCGCUGGGGGUCGCAUUCCGCAGGUCGUGGGUAAGAGUUUAGAAGUUAUACAUAAGUUGCUUUAAAGUAUUCUGGAUAAAAAUAAUAAAUGUCUCAGCCUGACCAUCGGCAUU